AUACGCACAAAGGAGGAGAACACUGAACACACCCUGUCCGGCUUUGCUUUUCUCUCUUCGGUGUGAUCUGGCUCUCAUCGGAUGCUGUUUUGAGCUUCCAGAUCGGGUGAAGGAAAUCCACAGCAGACAGGAAGCAGCCUUCAUCAAUUGUAGAGCGAUCCCUAAAGCUGGCCUGCAUUGCCUAUCUGCAUAAAACUCUUCAUUCAGAAUUCUAAGUAAUGAGAUAUGGACCAUGACAAGACUGGAUGCCAAGCUCCUCCUGAACGCCCUAUUUUGUGUAUUAACAACUGUGGCUUCUUUGGAAGUGCAGCUACUAUGAAUAUGUGUUCCAAGUGCCACAAGGAUAUGUUGUUGAAAGAGGAGCAGGCAAAGCUUGCUGCUGCUUCUAUUGGAAGUAUUGUGAAUGGUACAUCGGGCAGCAAUGGAAAUGAACCUGUUGUUGUUACUUCGAAUGUGGAUUUGCGACUGAAUUCUGUGGAACCAAAGACCAUUUCUGUGCAGCCAUCCUGUGCUUCAGGAUCAGGGGAGAGUGUUGAGGCAAAGCCAAAGGAAGGUCCGAACAGGUGCAGCUCGUGCAAAAAGAGGGUUGGUUUAACAGGCUUCAAAUGUCGCUGUGGUAACCUUUUCUGCACAACUCAUCGCUAUUCAGACAAACAUGACUGUUCCUUCGAUUAUCGUUCUAUUGCAAGGGAUGCCAUAGCUCAAGCAAACCCGGUUGUCAAGGCAGAGAAGCUUGAUAAAAUCUGAAAUAUUGAGGGCAGGAGUUUUACGUGCUGAAAUGGGAUGCUGAAAGACGUACUCCGACUUGGCCUCAUAUCCUACAUGUUGUGCUUUUCUAUUGUUACACUGGGAAAAACAUGACUGUAGGAUACCUCUGCAGUAUGAAGAACUCUAUAUCUUUUGGUUGGUGAGAAUUUGUGUUGGCUCCCGUGCUUUUAAGUCUUGUUUCUGUGUUGGUUUGGAUAGUACAUAUCAAAUGUCAUGUGCAACUUUUUAGAUUAUAUGGAAGAUACCCAUGUACGAUCGUGUGCCUAGAUAUGUGGCUUUUUUGGCAUUCAACUUUGGAUUCUGCAUACCUUUCACAUUGGGAGUUGUGUGGUAUUUUUGGUUUGAAAUCAAUCGCUAGUUUACAAUGGA